AUGCUGGCUAGGCCAGUGUUUUUGGCACGACAAGGAAGCUCUUUACUUCAGCUUCGUAAGUUCUUAAACGUUUUUGCAAUUUUUGUUUUGUAAAGAAAUUUCUUUCCAUUUUUUGUUUUGUAAAGAAAGUUUCGUCAUUUUAUGUUUUGUAAAGAAAGUUCUUGCUGUUUUAUAUUUUGCAAAGAAAGUUCUUGCAAUUUCUUCGUUUAUAAAGAAAGUUUUUGCAAUUUUUUGAUUUGUAAAGAAAGUUCUUGCCAUUUUAUGCUUUGUAAAGAAAUUUCUUGCCAUUUUAUGACUUGUAAAGAAAGUUCUUGUCAUUUUAUGUUUUGUAAAGAAAGUUCUUGCCACUUUAUGUUUUGUAAAGAAAGUUCUUGCCAAAAAUACUUAAAAUUUUAAAUUUAACUAUAGAAAUAAAAAAAAGGCUUGAGAGUUUUAAUUUAAGUCUGCAAGAAUUAUGGCUCGUUACUUUUUGAACAAUUUAAUACUUUACAUCUACUUUACAGCAUCCCAAUCCAUCGACCAAUGUGCCUACAAGUCCGUCCUCACUCCCCAAACCAGCCGCAACGUUCAGGCAAGCUCGAUCCGCACCAUGCCAUCACCAGCGAUCGAAGAAACCCGGAAACAAUUCAAAAACGACCAAAAAGCGGGCCUAGUCAUCUUCGACAAGGAUGGUACCCUCAUCUGUUUCCACUCCAUGUGGGUACCAUGGACCAAGCAGACGUAUCAGAAGCUGAACGAGGCCACGAAGCUGGACUUGUCCAACAAAUUCUACAAACUUUUGGGCUUCUGCCCCAUCGAACAGAAGGUCAAAACUGGUCUACUGGCCGAAGGUACCAUGGCUCAGAUCCGACAAAAGACGGUCGAAUUACUGGUCGAUCACGACGUGCCAAAAGAUAUUGCCGAAGAGAUCGUUCACACCAGCGUGAUGGACUGUAACACCUCAUCGCACGACACUCUGAAGGAGAUCCACGACCUACAGACCUUGUUCAAGGAGCUCAAGGACCACAAUGUCAAGAUUGCCAUUUGUACUGCUGACAGUCGGAAAGGAACGUUAACAGCAUUGAAAUCGCUUGGACUGGAACAGUACGUUGAUCUGGUGGUGUGUGGAGACGAUUCUGGAAGUCAGCCAAAGCCUCAUCCUCACAAUGCUUUAAAUAUCUGCAAGAUUCUGGGCGUGGAUCCUAAGGUGAGGGGUUUGGAUUUAUAUAAUGGGGGGGGUGAGGGUGUUUUAGGUUGUUUUGGGGGUGUUUUAGGUUAUGGAGGUUGAUAUAGGGUUAUACAAGUUUUUCGAUUUUUAAAUUUGAAAAAAGUUAGUUUUAAAGAUGCACAGUGCAAAAGCAAAAGGGCAAGCUAUUAGAGGGCGGGGUAGAUUUUUUAGAGUAGGGAAAUUUUUUAGAGAGCAUGGUGGAUUUCUGAAGGUAGGGGAAUGUUUUUUUGAAGGUAGGGUAAAUUUUUAAAGGUAUGGCACAUUUUUUAUUUAAGGGUAGAUUUUAUAGGGUAGGACAAAUUUUUAAAAAGCGGGUUGGAUUUUCUAAGCUAGCGAACUUUUUUAGUAGGCGGUGUUGAUUUUUUAAAAAUAGGUUAAAUUUUUAUAGGGCAAGGUAGAUUUUUUAAGGGACGAUGGGGAUUUUCUGAGGAUAAAUGUAGUGGGGUAGGGUAAGGUAGGAUAAUGUAAAGUAUAGUGUAGUGUAGGGUAGGGUGGGGUAAAGAUGGGUAGGGUAAAGAUGGGUAGGGUAGGAUAGUUUAGGGUAGGGUAGGGUAAGAUUGCAAAACGUAACUUUUUACUUUUACCAUUUAAUUUCGUAAAAUUAUAGUAAUGUCUGACGUCACUACGCUCCAAAACUCCUUGUACUUUACCAUAUUUGUCAUUGACAGCCCUUUGAAAUUCACUUUUCUGUUUCAUAAUGACAAAACACACAAACCACUAACAAAAAGAAGCGUGGGGAUUCCCCAGACAGCUGAUUCUUUUUCGUUGACAUUCUUUUAAAGUCAACAGAAACACGAAAAUGUGUUUUUUAUAUCUAUUUCUGGCUAAUCAGCUAUGAUAACGUCGGAUCAAGGUGAUCAAUAGCGUUAUGAUUUGAUCUUUAAAUUUUUUUAAAUUACGAAAUCCAAUUUCAGGACGCCCUGAUGGUAGGUGACACUCUAGCUGACAUGGGCAUGGGUCGAUCAGCUCAACUUGGUGGUACAGUUGGUGUACUCUCGGGCGUAGGGGACCGUCAUGAACUCGACCCCCACGCCGACCAUCUUCUCAAGCACGUUGGCGAAAUCAUGCCGGUCGUUCUUGGGCACGGUGGAUCUAACAAGGGCGGGAGUGCUUCUGCGUAG